GGAGCGGGGCGGGGCCGCGCGUGCGCGUCACUGCUCCCCCGCGCGCCCGUCGGCUGAGAGGCCUUUUGUGCACUGUACUGUAAGGCAUGGCCUCAAAAAGGGCAUUGGUGAUUCUGGCAAAAGGAGCAGAGGAAAUGGAAACCGUUAUCCCCACGGAUGUUAUGAGAAGAGCUGGAAUCAAGGUGACUGUUGCAGGCCUAACAGGAAAAGAACCAGUGCAGUGCAGUCGAGAUGUCUUCAUUUGUCCUGAUGUCAGUCUAGAAGAUGCCAGAAAAGAGGGGCCUUAUGAUGUCGUGGUCUUGCCUGGAGGUAACCUUGGAGCUCAGAACUUGUCAGAGUCUACUGCUGUGAAAGAUGUUUUGAAGGACCAGGAAAGCAGGAAAGGCCUGAUUGCUGCUAUAUGUGCAGGUCCUACUGCUCUUCUGGCACAUGGGAUAGGUUUUGGAAGUAAAGUCACGACACAUCCUUUGGUCAAAGAUAAAAUGAUGAAUGGAGCACACUAUCGCUACUCUGAGAGCCGUGUGGAGAAAGAUGGAAACAUCCUCACCAGCCGCGGCCCCGGUACCAGCUUUGAGUUUGGGUUGGCCAUUGUUGAAACACUGAUGGGGAAGGAGGUGGCUGAACAGGUGAAGGCACCUCUAAUAUUGAAAGAGUGAAAUCCUGGUCAAGGACAGGGAGUAAAAUGAUUUAGGUGGAGAGUCCUGACCUUCUAGAAUAACUGAAAGAUACACCAUCAUAAAUACAGUCUUAAUUGUGGGUGAAUUUCACAGCUGUACUCUCUUAAACUGUACUCAGCUAUACCUUACAAACCACUGGUCCUUAUUCUUGGAAAAAACAAAAAAGAGUGUUAGCGAACACCUUCAGUACCAUAAAGCAGCCAGCGUCUCAUAAUCUUAGUUAGCUAUUGGAUGGCACUUAAAAAUCACAUGGACAAAUGUUUGCUGAUGAAAUAAAAAUGAAGCAACCCUG